CACAAAACCCAACACUGCCUAAUUCACCAAUCCACUCCAACCCAAUUAACCCAGAGGCCAGAGCAUCCUUCUGUCUCUCUAUCCCUAGCUCCCGCCUCCCGGAGCCUGUCAGUUCAUAUUCAACCGUAAAGAUGCCACCAGCACUCCCGAAUUUCUCCAGCUCAGUGAAGCUCAAGUAUGUAAAACUUGGUUACCAGUACCUGGUGAACCAUAUUCUCACCUUUCUCCUCAUACCCAUCAUGGCUGGAAUUGUGGUAGAGCUGCUUCGGCUAGGACCCGAUGAGAUUCUAAGAAUUUGGAAUUCUCUCGAGUUUGAUCUGGUUCAGAUUCUUUGCUCAGGUUUCCUCAUCAUCUUUGUUGCCACUGUGUACUUCAUGUCCAGACCUCGACACAUCUACCUCGUCGACUACUCUUGCUUCAAACCCCCGGUGACAUGUCGUGCCCCGUUCUCCACCUUCAUGGAGCACUCCAGGCUUAUCAACGGAGCCAACACCAAGGUGGUGGACUUUGAAAUGAGAAUUCUCGAGCGAUCAGGCCUUGGUGAAGAGACUUGCUUACCCCCGGCCAUCCAUUACAUUCCUCCCAAACCCACCAUGGCUGACUGCAGAGCCGAGGCCGAGCUUGUUAUUUUCUCCUCCAUCGAUUCACUCCUCAAGAAGACAGGGAUCAAGCCAAAGGACGUUGACAUUUUGAUCCUCAACUGUAGCAUGUUCUCGCCGACACCAUCGAUGACGGCAAUGAUCGUGAACAAAUACAAAAUGAGAGGGAACAUAAAAAGCUUCAAUCUCUCUGGAAUGGGUUGCAGUGCUGGGCUUAUAUCCAUUGAUUUAGCUCGAGACCUGCUCCAGGUUCACCCCAACUCUUAUGCACUGGUGGUGAGCACCGAGAUCAUAACCCCAAGUUUUUACGGUGGUUCUCAGCGAUCCAUGUUGCUCCCCAACUGUCUAUUUCGGAUGGGCAGUGCCGCUAUCCUUCUUUCCAAUCGGAGAAAGGAUGGUUGGCGCGCCAAGUACCGUUUGGCUCAUGUAGUUCGCACCCAUAAAGGUGCCGACGACAAGGCCUACCGCUGCGUUUAUGAAGAAGAAGACCCACAGGGUAUAAGGGGUGUAUCGUUGUCCAAAGAGCUCAUGGUGAUUGCCGGGGAGGCUCUCAAGUCCAACAUCACAACAAUCGGACCUCUCGUCCUUCCUGCAUCGGAGCAGCUCCUCUUCCUCUUCACGCUUAUCGGCCGGAAACUCUUCAACCCCAAGUGGAAGCCUUACAUUCCCGACUUCAAACAGGCCUUUGAGCACUUCUGCAUCCAUGCCGGAGGACGUGCCGUGAUUGACGAGCUGCAGAAGAAUCUUCAGCUUUCAGCGGAGCACGUUGAAGCGUCGAGGAUGACACUCCACCGCUUUGGCAACACUUCAUCGUCGUCUCUCUGGUACGAACUAAGCUACAUUGAGUCCAAGGGUAGGAUGAAGAGGGGAGACCGCGUCUGGCAGAUAGCAUUUGGGAGUGGGUUCAAGUGUAACAGCGCGGUAUGGAAGUGCAACCGCACCAUUAAGGCAGACCCAGAAAGUCCCUGGUUCGAUUGCAUCGACAGAUAUCCCGUCCACAUCCCUGAAAUCGUUAAAUUAUAAUCUAUUUUUAAUCUGGUUCUUGGCCGCCACUCGCCACUCCAGUACUGCAGUUGCUACUUAUUCUCAUAAACAAGUUGUGCAAUUUGCAAUUAGUUCUGUUAUCAAACUCGAUCCCACAUCACACCACCUCUCGUCAGUCGCCAGCCGCUGCUGCUUUUAAUUUGUAGGGUUUCCAGUGGGUUUUAAUUUCUUUGGACUUUUGAGAUACCUACUACCAAGAUGUAUGAAUGAAUCAGAAUCUUCCUCCUCUCUUUAAUUAGAGGAAAUACAGCUGAAGAAUUAACCGUCGUUGCUUGGUCUUGGUGGACAAGCCGAUGAAGCAAUAAUUUUACUUUGAAGGGUUUGACUUGAAAAGUUGAAAUUGAAAGCUGUGGUUUGUGUGACUCUCUCAGAAUCUCUCUGAGGUUCUGUAUCUAUUGGUUCAGGUGCAUUCAUGUCCAUGAAACUUGCUUUUCGAUUUUCCAACCCCCCAACCGAAAGGCUGUAAAAAGGGUUCAACUGUAUUGGAGGUUCAUUUAUCAUGAAAAUGUUUGACGUGGCAUCUCUACGGAAAUGUU